AUGAUUGAAAAAUUCACCAUACCCAGCUUUGACGAGCAAGAUUUGCACGACAGAUUGUCUCGAGUCAAAUACCCUCACGAAUACGAAAACGAAGCAGCUUCAGGUUGGAAAUAUGGAGCACCAAGCUGGGCCGUCAAGGAUUUCGUUCAAGCAUGGAAGACAACGUUUAGCUGGGAAGAGAAGCGCGCAGAGAUGAAUCAAUGGCACCAUUAUCGAACAGACAUCAAUGGACUCAACAUUCACUUUAUCCAUGAGGUGUCCAAAGUUGAUGGUGCUAUUCCUCUCCUCUUGCUGCACGGCUGGCCCUCGACAUUUUACGAAUUUCACAAAUUGAUCAAUCCGUUGCGAGAUGGACAGAAUUCAUCGCAGGCGUUCCAUGUCAUUGUGCCCAGUUUACCCGGCUAUGGCUUUUCAGAAGCACCAAAGGAGGAAGGCUGGGGAUCUCCAAAGAUUGCAGAUACCUUCCAAAAGCUCAUGUCAGAACUCGGAUACCAGAAAUACAUGAUCUUUGGCGGCGAUUGGGGUGCUUCAGUAGCUACAUUCAUGAUUAGAAGCCAACCAGACAAAUGCUUGGGCUACCUCACAACAAUGCCAUUUCCUGAACCUCCCUAUCCAACAUUCAGAAAUCUGAUCUUUCAUCCCAUCAGAGUCAUCUUGUUUGUAUUGUGUAUCGUAUUUGGGCUGGAAAGAAUCUAUGGCAGGAAGGAGGUCAAGGGAUUGAAGAAUUUGGCCUAUGCCAAUGUUGAAAAGGACAGAUCGUCUGGUUAUCGCGCCAUUCAAAGUACUCGUCCCUACACUUUGGCAUUUGGCUUGUCCGAUAGUCCUGUGGGUCUAUUAGCUUGGAUGCUGGAUCCUUAUCACACCUGGACCCAUUUUCCCUCAGAAGAACUGUCUGCCAGAGUAGCACUCCCAGAGACGAUUUCCGUCGACGAAUUCUUGACGCAAGUAACCAUCUAUUGGAUGACAAACACCAUGUCAGCAUCCACUCGUAUUUAUUAUGAAGCUUUAUACAACCAUAGCAAAGAUGAGUCUAGUCGCUUGAGAAAGUACAGCAAAGUGCCUACAGGUGUUUCCUAUUUCGAAGCUGAGCCUAGCAAGUUCCCUCGAGAUUGGAUAGAGACUAGCUCAAAUUUGAUUCAGUUCAAAUUAUACGACAAGGGCGGCCAUUUCCCUAGCUUGGAGGUCCCAGAUGUACUUUUAGCAGACAUUCAAAAGUUUGGCAAAACUAUCAGCAUUCAUGCACCACGAACUCAAUCUAAAAAGGAGCUUUAA